CGCAGUGAAUGCCCUUGACGCAAUGAUGGACAACAUCUCAGUCACUUCACAUCAAAGAUCUCCAUCGACAACCAACGAACGAGCAUCGACAAUCAACGGACGAGACAGACGGACGAAAGCAAACCCCACCCCACCCACCAACGCCGGCCUGGCCGUGCGCUUGGUGCACAGCGCAGCACAGUCCACAUGUAUAGUACAUGGCCAUGCUGUACAAAGCCAUAUUCAUUCAUCAAACAGCGCACUCGGCGCGGCCACGUAGAACACUGAGUCGGCACGUCAGAGGGAGGGAGGGAGGGAGGGAGGGUGGUUGGCAACCACUGGCAGUAUGAACAGCAAAGUAUGAAUGACAUCUGUCACACGAGGCACUACACCACUACACACACACGCAGAGGAGAGGAGAGGGCCUGUCGAUUCAUUCAUCCGGCAGGCAGGCAGUCAGCUAGCCACUUGUCGUGGCCCGACUGACCCCCACAGCAUUGAACAGAGCCCAGCCCACCCCAACUGAUGCCAGUGCAGCCAGCCCCACCGCCGCAUAGCCGAUGCCAUACACCUCUCUCGACUGCUUUCUGACCAUUCGCUCGAACGACUCGCCGUCAUUCACGAGGAAAGCACACAACGGGCCCCAACCGUCCUUCACCUGACCGACCACACACACACACACACACAGGCGCGGAGUGAGGACAUGUGAGCGUGACUGCGGGUGGGCCCUUGCCUACCUCGAAAACGAGCAGCUGUUGUGGCGGGACGGUGUCCUUGACGUGCUGUGUCCACUGGUUGAACAUGGCCACGGUGCCCUCCUCGGUCAUCUCGUCGAAGUCAAAGGCGUCGGUGAAUGGGCGGGCCAGCUGCAGCUCGUGCCACAUCUGCUGGAAGUGCCGCAAGCCAGGCCUGGGCAGGAGGCGCAGACCCAGCCGGUUGAUGGGCGACUUGUGGUGCUUCCGGAAGCUGAUGAUCGUCCUGCACACACAAAACAGACAGACAGACAGACAGACAGGCCGGUGCGUGAGAGCCGUUGUGUGUUCUGCAUGACGCACCUCCGGAUGCUCUGAUACCACUUGGAUGGGUCCCGCACCGUCAGGAUCACCUGCACACACACACACACACACAACAACAAGGCAGACACAUGCACAUGAUCAGAAAUCAGCCAUGCCAUCUACCCAUCCGCAUGUGUGCUCACCUUGGCGUCAGGAUAUUUCUGGAAGAGCUCGUGGAAGAAGGGCGUCGCAGGGAAGUCCACGGUGGCCUUGUAGCCGUCGAAGACCGCGUCCCAGUCGACGCCCUUGCCGUUCUUCCUCGUGAUCUCCCGCCACAGGGCACACCGGCCGUUGAGGUCCUUCCACAUCUCCGUCAUGUGAUAGCAAGGAUACCCGAGCUCGUUCAGGGCCUGCUUCAUGGACAAAGUCCUGCAAACCACACAUCAAAGGAGGGAACCACACGCAUCAUGGUGUGAAAGCUGAGCCUCUUGGCUGGCGUGGCUGCAUGUACCCGGUCCUUCCGUAGCCAGCCCUGCAAGUGAGUCACGCACAAAUGCAUGACGUGAUUUGAUUGCAUGUCCGAAGAGAGGAUCUGUGCAUUGCGGUGUGUGUGCAUUGUGGUGUGUACCCGAUGAUCUUGAGGCCCUUCUCAUCAGCUGCGCCGCUGCCAGGCAGCAGAUCUUUCUCCAAACUCUUGUGCGCCAUGACGCUCUGCAAGUACCCUCACUAGAUCUGUCCUCACGGCGCCUCCCGCCUCGAG